ACGAUGAAAAGUUUGACAACACAACACAAACAAAAACAACCACUGAGCAGGCAAAAAUAAUAUCAAGUGAAAAUAGUGAAUAAUUUCAAGCUUUUUGUAUCAUUCAAUCCGAUUUAUUAAUUUUAAAUUACUGAAGUUGUGCUGGUUCGAUUUGUGAUGUGACUGAGAUAGUCCUCGUUUUAUUGUAAAAAGAUCAGAGCUCUUGGGUUUCUUUGUGUGGUGCCGGUUUUCGUGUUUCCACUACUCACAACAAUGGCAAACGAUCGUGAAAUCCUGCGUGAAAUUUGGGAAGGUAAAAUCCCGAUUCAAUUCCAACUGGCUCCGGACGAGACCGAUGUGGAACCGGAACAGUUCUUUCUAUUGAUUCCGCGUCUGAGUUAUUUCCCGCUGGUUUCGGACAAGGUGCGGAAGCACUUCCUCCGGUUCGUUUCCAACGAACUGCAGGACGGCGAAAUGUGGAUGGACAGCAAUGGAACGCCGCUCAAGUGGCACUAUCCGAUCGGGGUGUUGUUUGAUUUGCUAAUCGGCAGCGAUGCCAUUCUGCCGUGGCUUGUGACAGUACACUUUUCCAAAUUUCCGGAGGAUGUGUUGUUCCGGUGCCCCAACAAAGACAUCGUUGAAGCACAUUUCAUGUCCGGGUUGAAGGAAGCGGACGUGCUGAAGCAUCGUGGUCAAGUGGUUUCAGCUAUGCAAAAGAAGGACCACAAUCAGCUCUGGUUGGGAUUAGUUAAUGAUAAAUUUGACCAAUUCUGGGCCGUUAAUCGGCGAUUGAUGGAACCUAUUCCGGACCAAGACGGUUUCAAACACAUUCCAGUUCGAUGUUAUGCCGAGGAUGGUUCAUACCAGCAGAAACUAGUCGCACCGAGUAGCGAAACAGGCCAGAAGCGCACCCUUCAGGACUUGUUGGAGGACUUUUCCACACCUGUCCGGAAAGCAGUGGAAGCACGAACGCAUGGAGUCACGGUUCCGGGAACGACCCCGCUACAGUGGCUAUCGGAACAUCUCAGCUACCCGGACAACUUUCUGCAUCUCUGUUUGAUCUAUGGUUAGGUGUACGAGCCUUGGUACAACGUUUGACUAAAAAAGGUAACACCCCUUUCACUGAGGGUGAUUCUCUUACUCUAUAACUGUAUUCCCACAAAUGCCCGGGAAGCCAUGUGCGUAGAAAUAGUUGGCAAUUGAUCGCUUUGCAUUCGCAUUAUUGUAAGCAACAUAAUCCGUGAGAAGUAAUGUGGAAAAUUCUUCUGAAUGGCAUCCUAGUCUUUAUUUCGUACAUAUAUAUAAUCGUAAUAAUUGCCUCAUUAUCUUACCAUAUCUUAUGGGUCUCAUGACGAAAAGUAAAUAAAUAGUGACGACAAGAUAA